AUGUCGUCGCGGCCCACGAGACCCGAACGGGCCACAACGACCGCCAGAGGGCUCCACGUCAACAUUGGGUCACUUCUGCUGCUGCUCGGCGGCCUCUUUGCCGUCUUCGCCGCAUUGCUCGCUCGUCACGGGUUCACUGGCAGAGAUCACGUGGUGGGCAUUGACUUGGGCACGACGUACUCAGUCGUCGCGAUUUCUCAGAAGGGCAAAGUGACUGCAAUUGCAGACAAAGAUGGCUACACACUCGUGCCGUCCACUGUUGCCUUCCUGCCCAAUGGAGACGCAGCCGUAGGCCGCAAAGCACGAGAGCACGGAGCAAUAGACCCCCGACACACUAUUUUUAAUGCUAAACGGUUCAUCGGUCGAAGGUACGAACAAGUGCUGGGCUUAGAGGCCAACACACAUGGCACUCUGCCGUACGAGUUCAGCGUGAAGGCGCUGCAAGACGGUGACCACGACGGAGUAUGCUUUGCCAUCGAGUUACACGGCCAUUCUGACUGCGUGACGCCAGUUGAAAUCGGCAGCAGGAUCGUGCGGCAUCUCCGCGAUAUGGCCCACCACUUUGUCGGCCACGACCAGAUCACAAAGGCAGUUAUUGCAGUGCCAGUGGACUUUGACGCGAAGCAACGCAAUGACACCGUGGCGUCUUUUCAAGCCGCAGGAUUGCAGGUGUCCCGUGUGCUGGAAGAACCGACAGCUGCGGCGAUUGCUUAUGGUCUGCACCAAGACCCGAAUGUGAGUUUCCUGCUGGUGUUCGACUUUGGUGGCGGCACGCUGGACGUCUCACUACUCUACGCUCGGAACGGAGCUAUCACUGUGCUCGACACGCUUGGAGACAACCAUCUAGGGGGUGAAGAUCUGGACGCACGCUUGGCAGCAUGGCUGGUGGAGCAGUUUGAAGCACAGCUCGGCGCUCCGAUUACGUCGCGUGGAGCCGACGCUAACGGACAUGGCGAUGACGACAAAGAGCUACCGUGUACACUGACCGGGGUCCGCCGUGCUGCCGAGCUCCUCAAGAGACAGCUCACGGAUGCUCCUACUGCCAGCGCCUCUUGCCUAUGGGACGACCCUGGAUCGGAGGCGGUGCACCAGACUCGAGCAAACGUGGAGAUGACAAGAGUGCAAUUCGAGACGAUGUGUGGGUCAUUGCUGGAGCGCACAAUGCUUCCAGUGCGCGAGGUGCUUGAAGCCAACAACAUGGUGUCCGAAGAGAUUGAUGCCGUAGUACUGGUAGGAGGAUCGUCGCGAAUCCCGUGGGUGCGCGAGCGUCUCACUGCUAUGUUCCAAGGUCGUGCACCGCUCUCAGACAUCGAUCCAGAUCUUGCUGUGGCGUACGGAGCAGCACGGACGCUGGAUUAA